CCCCCCACCCCCCGUCUGUAAUGUCGGACAGGCGCGUGACGUCAUCACGCAGGACGCACUGACCCGGAAGUUCCAGUGAUUCCCUUAAUUGUCCCUCAUUAGAACUCUGAGUCCCUGAGCAUCAUGUCCAGUAAAGAGGUGUCGAGCAGCCACCCGGCCCAGUACGUGGGUCCAUACCGCCUGGAGAAGACACUGGGCAAAGGACAGACAGGUUUGGUGAAACUGGGUGUCCACUGUAUUACAGGACAGAAAGUGGCGAUAAAGAUUGUAAACAGAGAGAAACUCUCAGAGUCUGUUCUCAUGAAGGUGGAGAGAGAGAUCGCCAUUCUGAAGCUGAUUGAACACCCUCACGUCCUCAAACUGCACGAUGUGUACGAGAAUAACAAAUACCUGUACCUGGUGCUGGAGCACGUGUCCGGAGGCGAGCUGUUUGAUUAUCUGGUGAAGAAGGGACGACUGACUCCUAAAGAGGCGCGAAAGUUUUUCAGACAGAUCAUCUCCGCCCUGGACUUCUGUCACAGUCACUCCAUAUGUCACAGAGACCUGAAGCCGGAGAAUCUGCUGCUGGACGAGAAGAAUAACAUCCGUGUGGCCGACUUCGGCAUGGCGUCUCUGCAGGUGGGGGACAGUCUGCUGGAGACAAGCUGUGGGUCUCCUCAUUACGCAUGUCCUGAGGUCAUUAGGGGGGAGAAGUAUGAUGGUCGUAGGGCAGAUGUAUGGAGCUGUGGUGUUAUCCUCUUCGCUCUGCUGGUGGGGGCGUUGCCCUUUGACCACGAUAACCUGCGGCAGCUGCUGGAGAAGGUGAAGAGCGGAGUGUUCCACAUGCCCCACUUCAUCCCCCCGGAGUGCCAGGCUCUGCUCAGGGGCAUGAUCGAGGUCAACCCCGAGAAACGCCUUACGCUUGAAGCAAUACAGAAACACCCGUGGUAUCUCGGGGGUCGUAACGAGCCGUGUCCGGAGCAGCCCCCCCCCAGACGAGUGUGUGUGAAGAGGAUCGUCUCUCUGACGGACCUGGACCCUGACGUGUUGGACAGUAUGCACUCUCUGGGCUGCUUCAGGGACCGAGUCAAACUCACCCGAGACCUGCAGUGUGAAGAGGAAAACCAGGAGAAGAUGAUCUACUACCUGCUGUUGGACAGGAAGGAGCGCUACCCCAGUUAUGAGGAUGAAGAUCUUCCACCCAGGAAUGAUAUCGAUCCUCCCCGUAAGCGUGUGGACUCUCCCAUGCUGACCCGUCAUGGCCGCUGCCGGCCGGAGAGAAAGAGCCUGGAGGUGCUGAGUGUGACGGACCAGGGCUCCCCGACUCCGCCUCGUCGCGCCCUUGACACCUCCGCACACAGCCAGAGAUCUCGCUCAGUGAGCGGCGCUUCGACUGGUCUCUCCUCCAGUCCCCUGAGCAGCCCGAGAAGUCCGGUUUUCACCUUCAGCCCGUCCGAGGUCGCCUCCGCCUCCGCCCCCCAAGCCAAAGAUCCCAAAGCGGGAAGCGGCCCCGCCCCUCGGGCGGCCCAGCGCGUGUCCGACCAAAAGACCCAGACGCUCCCAUCCAAGGCGGCGACCGAGCGGCCGCAUCUGCAGUCUAUGAAGUCCCUCCCCCUGCAGACGCCGCCCUCCCCCUCCCCUUCCCCGUCUCCACUCCUCUCCCCCAUGCCUCGUUUCUUCUUCUUCCCCGCUCCCUCCGUCCUGAAGUCCGUCACUAAGUCAAUCUAUCCUAACUCUGCCCAUGUGUCGCAGGUCACGCCCCAGGAUUCCCCGCUUCCCACCCCCCUUGGAACCCCCCAGCACCCCCCUCCCACUCCACCGUCCUCCUCUUCCUCUUCCUCCUCCUCGCGGGCUGAAGGGGGCGGGGCCGGCAGCAGCGCAGGGGGCGGCUCCCUGUCUCUCACACCCCCCUCCAGCCCUGGCGCAGGUGGAGGAAUGGCUGCUAGCAGCUCCGCCCACUGGAGGAGUCGUCUCAACUCGUUCAAAAAUAACCUGCUGGGUUCACCGCGCUUCCAUCGCCGCAAGCUGCAGGUUCCCACAUCAGAGGACAUGUCGAGCCUCACGCCGGAGUCCAGCCCAGAGUUGGCUAAAAAGUCCUGGUUUGGGAACUUCAUCAGUCUGGAGAAAGAGGAGCAGAUUUUUGUGGUGAUCCGAAACAAACCCCUGAGCUCCAUCAAGGCUGACAUCGUCCACGCCUUCCUCUCAAUCCCGUCUCUCAGCCACAGCGUCAUCUCCCAGACCAGUUUCCGUGCGGAGUAUAAAACCGCCGGGGGUUCCUCCGUCUUCCAGAAACCCAUAAAGUUCCAGGUGGACAUCGCCUUCUCCGAGGUGGAGAGAGAGAGAGACAGAGAGAGAGACAGAGAGCGGGAGGGGAAGAGGGAGAGUGGAAUCUACAGCGUCACCUUUAGCCUCAUCUCAGGUCCCAGUCGCAGGUUUAAGAGAGUGGUGGAGACGAUCCAGGCUCAGCUUCUCAGCACUCAUGACCAGCCCUCGGUGCAGGCGCUCGCAGAUGAGAAGAAUGGGGUCUCCUCACACCCCCCUCCCACUCCCACUCGCCAGAACUCACGCCGCUCUGAAGGGGGCGGAGACCGCACCGAGAGGGCGGAGCGUGCAGACGGGGCGAGUACAGGCGGCAGCGGCAGCGUCAUCCAGCGCAAAGGGUCGGGCAAGGACAAGACCCGCCUCCUGUCGUCCAACGGAACGCAGUCUCAGCCUUGAGAGAACUCUAUAGACGUGGUGCUUUGGACUCUCAGCCCACUACACCCCCUCCCCCCCCCCACCCGGAAAAUCCCACAAUCCCCCAGUCUCUCACCCAGACUCACCAGUAAAACCUGUAGCUCCAGUGCAGCUGGGAGAAAACUCGGAGCGUAUAGACCAGGAAAAUGCUGAUGUAACUCACCGACACCAUGAAUCACACACACACACACACACACACACACACGCACACGUGAUGAUGUCACUCGGCAGGAGCGUGCAGAGCAUCUCAACUCCAAACACACUUGAACAACGUUAAAUAAUCAGCACUGAGCAUCUGAAGGCUGCGUUCGUUAGUCUCUCAUCACCUGGACGGAGGUGUGUGUGUGUGUGUGUGUGUGGGGGGGGGGGGG